AUGAUGAACAGUACAAGCAAUUCAGAGAUUUUGACCACAAAAGACUUGCUUGGUGGGUUUUCCAAGGUUGGUAACAAAGAUUUGGAUCUGGAAUUGCAAAUCACAAAAAGCUGGGAUGUGCCUGUUGAUUCAAAGUCUUCUGGGAAGGUAUACUUGCAGAGAUGCAACUCUGUAAGCUCACCAUUACCGUCCCUAAACAACAAGAAGCAUCGCAAACAGAGGACAACCCAAGAAUCAGAAUUUCAAGAUUCUAAGUCUCCACCAUUGAAAUUCUUGGAAGAAAGUUGCUUGGAGUUGAAACUUGUACCUUCAAUUAAUCAUUGUCAAAGUGUUUGCACUCUUGAUAAAGUUAAAUCUGCUUUGCAAAGAGCAGAGAAAGAGACCAUGACUAAGAAGAGAUCACCUCCACCACCACCAACCCCAACCCCACCAGCUAAUGACGUUAAAGAAGAUGAGAUUAGCACUACAUCAUCCUCGUCAAUAGGAGUGUUUGCUGCUGCUUGCCCUGGUUGUUUGCUAUAUGUGAUUGCAUUGAAGACAAACCCCAAGUGCCCUAGUUGCAACUCCACUGUUCCAUCUCCUUCAGCUAUAAAGAAGCCCAGAAUUGACCUCAAUGCUUCACUUUGA